GCCCCCGCCCUCAGCGCGGAGCUUCCGUUCCGCGCCCGCACCGGCGCGCUUCCCUUUCCGAGAGCGCAGGCGGCGGCCGCCGGUGUCUCUCUCCUCUCCGCCAAGUCGGCUCUGACCGCUCCCCUGCGGCGAGCAUGGCAGCUUGGAAAGGCGGGGCUGCCCUGCGGCUCUGCGCCACAGUUGUUUUACUUGAUAUGGCUUUCUGUAAAGGAUUUGUAGAAGAUUUAGAUGAAUCGUUUAAAGACAGUCGAAAAGAUGACAUUUGGCUUGUAGAUUUUUAUGCACCAUGGUGUGGCCACUGUAAAAAACUGGAACCAAUUUGGAAUGAAGUUGGUCUUGAGAUGAAAAGCAUUGGUUCUCCAGUUAAAGUUGGAAAGAUGGAUGCUACUUCCUAUUCUAGCAUUGCUUCAGAGUUUGGAGUUCGAGGUUAUCCAACAAUUAAGCUAUUAAAGGGGGACUUGGCAUAUAAUUAUAGAGGACCACGAACUAAAGAUGAUAUUAUUGAGUUUGCUCACAGAGUAUCUGGGGCUCUAAUUCGGCCACUUCCAAGUCAGCAAAUGUUUGAACAUGUGCGGAAGAGACAUCGUGUAUUUUUCGUUUAUAUAGGUGGAGAGUCACCUUUGAAGGAGAAAUACAUAGAUGCUGCUUCAGAAUUAAUUGUGUAUACAUACUUCUUUUCUGCCUCAGAAGAAGUGGUUCCCGAGUAUGUGACACUGAAAGAGAUGCCCGCUGUGCUUGUUUUCAAAGAUGAAACUUACUUUGUUUAUGAUGAGUACGAAGAUGGUGAUCUGUCAUCUUGGAUCAACAGAGAGAGAUUUCAGAAUUAUCUUACUAUGGAUGGCUUCCUCUUGUAUGAACUGGGAGACACCGGGAAGCUUGUGGCCAUUGCAGUUAUUGAUGAGAAAAACACAUCAAUGGAACACAUGAGAUUGAAGUCAAUUAUUCAGGAAGUUGCUAGAGAUUACAGAGACCAGUUCCACAGGGAUUUUCAGUUUGGCCAUAUGGAUGGAAAUGACUAUAUAAAUACCUUGCUGAUGGAUGAAUUGAAAGUCCCAACUGUGGUUGUACUGAAUACUUCAAACCAACAGUACUUUUUACUAGAUAGACCAAUUAAGAAUGCCGAAGACAUGGUCCAGUUUAUUAAUAACAUUUUGGAUGGCACAGUACAAGCCCAAGGAGGUGAUAGCAUUUUGCAGAGAUUGAAAAGAAUAGUAUUUGAUGCCAAAUCUACUAUAGUGUCUAUAUUCAAGAGCUCUCCACUUAUGGGCUGCUUUCUCUUUGGCCUGCCACUGGGUGUCAUCAGUAUCAUGUGCUAUGGAAUCUACACAGCUGACGCAGAUGGAGGGUACAUAGAAGAACGAUAUGAAGUAUCCAAAAGUGAAAUGGAAAGCCAAGAACUGAUAGAAGAGAGCAAAGAACAAGAGGAGCCAAAGAGUGAGGACUCUCCAGUGCCUACAGUGCAAGAACCCAAAGAUGUAUUAGAAAAGAAGACAGACUGAAACUCACUAAUAUAAAAUAUUUGAUAGGAUUUCCAAUUAUGAAAGUCUAUUUAUUGAAUUUAGACAUUUAAUCAUGUUCUUUACAGAAGAGAACAUGUUAUUUGUAUUUUGGUAAUCUCAACUGCAUGGAUUAAAGUAGUCCUUCCACAAAUGGGGAGAUGUUUGGAGCAAAGAGAUGAAAUGUUUGUGUGAAGCAGACAAACAAAAUCAAAACAUGCCAUCCAAGUUUACCUUAUAGAUGUUUAAUAACAGAUCAGUUCUAUUUGCAUGUUUCUCUAUCUGAAUAUUCUGUGACAAAAUUAAGAUUCUUGGGCAGAAUAUUUAAGUUGGUCAGUCAGGUAGAAGAUACAUGUUUGGUAGAGAAAAAUAAUACCUCCACUUCCUACCAUCCAUUCUCCUCAUAUAUUUUGAAUAUUUAUAUGGACAAAAUUAAGUCUUUAAAAUUUAGGCACUUUAAGGAAAACUAAUCACUUUUUCCACAGAUCAGAUUAAGAUUAUGAGAUUAAAAAUAAUUUGGUUUUGUAUAGCAUAGCGAUUUUAUUUUGUUAUUAUUUUUAAAGGAGAGGAAAUGUUACUUUUUAACUUUAUACUCAGUUGCAUUGUAAAAUUUUCAUAUGGGCCUAUAUAGUGGG